AUGUCACAUCGGUCGUCUUUAUCAGAGCCUCAAUCCGGCGAGACUAGGAGCCGACUCCUUCUUGCACCAGCCGAAAUCCGACACAUCAUUUAUGAACACGUGUUGCCACAUGGAAUCCAUGUCUUCAGGCAAGGAGCAAAGCUAUGCUGUUCCGCUUGUGUUGGAGCCUCAAGCGACGAUGAAGACGGCUCCGAAAGACAGGCGACAGGUGAUCCAAGGUCUGACACUGUAUGGGCGCGUCGCCUAAAAUCGUCUUGGGGCCCUCACUGGCUGUGCGAGGAGCUGGCUUUGAGCAUGGACAAGGCCCAAAGGCCAGUCUCUCGCGUAGACUUGGCCAUCGCUUUCACUUGCAAGCAGCUUUACUUCGAAGUUCUUCAACUUAAUAUCCACGACCGGGUUCUGCAUGUUACCGACCUAGAUGUCCUCAUGCAAGUGCUGCAGAAGCCAGACGGCUUUUUCAACAUCACUUCUCAGUUGCCGAGCCCUUUUGCAUCCUCGAUUCUCUGCUUUAGAGAGCUCCAUCUCACACUCCGGCUUCCACCAGUAUUUUUGGCGAAACUUGAGGACCUCAUCGAGACUAAUGCCGCUUCUGAAACAUCUCCCGGUCUGGAUGAGUCCAUCGAUGCUUGGGGAACACAAACAGCCGCAUGGCUGCAUUUAGCAACACUUCUCUCUCGACCUACAGAGCUGCGAAGGCUUCAUAUCUGGCUUGAUCACCAGAGCAACAUGCUCUGGUCCAUCGUCGACGAGCGCACGAUCACGUCGGUCUUAGAGCCGUUGACAACAAGGACCGACAUUCAUAUAUCCGUCAGUCUUCCCAAGAUCCAGCAUGGCUUAGAGUCACAUCGACACUUGCUAGAACAUGAGGAUAUGACGAAUUAUGGAAUCAGCCGAAGGGAAAUGCAACGUUACUACGUUGACCAUAAUCUGGAUGGGCAUGAUGAGCCUGUUGUCGGUUGUCAAGAGAUAGUGACAACUGUGGACGGCGAUAUUGCGGGGUUGGUAGAGUUGGAGCGGCUUUGUUACAAGGGACAAGAGGAGUUAGUAAUGGAGUUGAGUGGCCUGUGUGUUCACCCAGGCUAUGUAUAA